CGUUUUGGCAUGGUUGCCACUGCCGUGGUCAGUGAGUGGUGACCAACCUUAUUCAUAGUAAUCGCCUCAAUACUACUCUUGAUCAGCACUGUGUCCAUCCAAUUUACACGACUCACUCUCUCAACAACAUGGAGAACCUUGUCGCUGCCGUGCUUGCUCUAGCCGGAGCCAUCCUCGCCGCGGCGGGUUCGGAUGUCAUCGGAGUUCCUCCUCCGACGGCGGCAGGUGGUGGGAGUGGGACACCCAAGGUGCCGGCCUUGUUCGCGUUCGGCGACUCGAUUGUCGACACGGGCAACAACAACUACUUCUGGACCAUCACCAGGUCCAACUUCCGGCCGUACGGCAGAGACUUCCCCGGUCAAGAGGCCACCGGCAGGUUCUCUGACGGCAAGAUCAGCAUGGACUUCCUAGCGUCUGGCCUUGGGUUGAAGGAGAUGCUGCCGCCGUACCUGGACAAGAACCUUACCCUGGAGGACCUCAAGACCGGCGUCAGCUUCGCGUCGGCCGGGAGCGGCUACGACAACGACACUAGCUGGACGGCGUCGGCGAUGACAGUGGAGCAGCAGCUGCAGCUGUUAACGGAGUACAAGGCGAAGGUGGGGAGCAUUCCUGACAGGGCCCUCUACCUCGCCUGCUGGGGCAGUAACGACGUCGUGCAGUACUUCACCUUCGCCAACGGCAAAACCCAGCCCGGCUACGCCGACUUCAUGACUCAAAGAGCUUCCACCUUCAUCCAGACGUUGAUCGAACUGGGCGCACGGCAGAUCGCCGUGACCGGGGUGCCGCCGGUGGGGUGUGCGCCAGCGCAGCGGCUGAUCGCCGGGGGCCUUUGGCGGCGGCAGUGUGCGACGGACCUCAACCAGCUGGCGCUGCUCUACAACCGGAAGCUGACCCAGGAGAUCGCCAAGCUGGCUGGCAGGUUCCGGGGCGUCAACCUCGUCUAUAUCGACCUCUACUCCAUCCUCAACGACAUCAUCCAGCGCUAUCAAGCACUUGGGUUCAAGAACGGCAAGGAAGCGUGCUGUGGGCUCAUCGGGCUGGAGUCGGGCAUUAUGUGCAACUUGGCAAGCCCAGUGUGCGAGGACCCGGCGCAUUACGUGUUCUGGGACGGCUACCACCCAACCGAGAGAGCCUACAAGAUCAUGAUUGACCAACUCAUCGCUAGAUACAUCAGAUACCUCCACUAGCAAACCUACCAAGCUACCUUGCGAUUUAUUUAUCAAAAUCAACCAUGUGGUUGAACUGGGGCCUACAGACAUAUACGCACUCAUACUGAGAUUCUUGAAAUAUCCGUGAGUUAAUUUGGUAUUAAAUGCUUGUAUCAAUAUGUACUUAACCUUUGUGUCCUAUUGGUACUUAUAUUGUCUCAAAAAAGUAUUG